AGGAGGGCGGUGACCGCCGGAGAGGUCAGCUUCGUAGCGACCGAAAGCCCCUGCGCCGCCUGUGCGCUUGUCAGAAACCCUCCGAACUGGGCCCCAGUGGGCGAAGAGAUAAGUCAGAGGCAGCUGAAAGCGAAGCCGGUUCCAGCCUCCCUGCCUGGUUGCUGCGUGCGGCCCUGCAGCGGGCGGUGUCGACUCACUGGGGGUCGGGCUUUUGCUGUGUACCACAGUCGUGUGGAAGGCCCCAUCAUGUCUGAGCCCCGGACCCCAGAGCCAGCCCUCAGUGUGCAGGGAGACUCCCCCACGAGCACGAGGGAUGAGGACGCUGCCGACGGGACCCAGCACUCCCAACGCAUGCUCAACUUCAGUGACGCGCUACUGUCCAUAAUCGCCACAGUCAUGAUCCUGCCUGUGACCCACACGGAGAUCUCCCCAGAACAGCAGUUUGACAAAAGUAUACAGAAGCUUCUAGCAACGAGGAUUGCUGUGUACCUGAUGACGUUUCUCAUCGUGACCGUGGCCUGGGCAGCACACACCAGAUUGUUCCAGGUUGUUGGGAAAAUAGACGAUACCCUUGCCUUGCUCAACCUGGCCUGCAUGAUGACCAUCACCUUCCUGCCAUACACAUUUUCCUUGAUGAUGGCCUUUCCCGAGGUGCCUCUGGGCAUCUUCCUGUUCUGUGUGUGCGUCAUCGCCAUCGGGGCCGUGCAGGCGCUGAUCGUGGUGUAUGCGUUCAGCUUCCCCCACCUCCUGAACCCUCAGGUAGGGUGCGCAGCCCCCCGGGGCCUCUGCCGGCAGCACAUCCUGCGCAUUGUCCUCCGGGGCCCAGCGCUGUGCUUCCUGGCCGCAGGCUUCUCCUUGUUCUUCUAUCCAGUGUCGUACGUGCUGAUGGCGACGGUCAUCUUCCUCCCCUACGUCAACAAGGCUGCCAGCUGGUGCCGGGACAGGCUCCUGGGCCCCCAGGAGUCCCCGGCUCACAGCAUGGAGUUCUUCACUUUCAACCUGCAGGAGCCUCUCAGCAAGGAGCGGGUGGAGGCCUUCAGCGACGGGGUCUAUGCCAUCGUGGCCACGCUCCUCAUCCUGGACAUCUGUGAGGACAACGUCCCAGAUGCCAAGGACGUGGAAGAGAGGUUCCACGGCAGCCUGGUGGCCGCGCUGAGCGUGUACGGGCCGCACUUCCUGGCCUAUUUUGGCUCCUUCGCCACCGUGGGCCUGCUGUGGUUCGCCCACCACUCGCUGUUCCUGCACGUGCGCAAGGCCACGCAGUCCAUGGGGCUGCUCAACACGCUCUCGCUGGCCUUCGUGGGCGGCCUGCCGCUGGCCUACCAGCAGACCUCAGCCUUCGCCCGGCAGCCCCGCGACGAGCUGGAGAGCGUGCGGGUCAGCUGCGCCAUCAUCUUCUUCGCCAGCAUCUUCCAGUUCGCCAUGUGGACGGCCGCCCUGCUGCACGAGGCGGAGACGCUGCAGCCCCCUGCACGGUUUGGGGGCCGGGAGCACGCCUUCAUGUUUGCCAAGCUGGCGCUGUACCCCUGCGCCAGCCUGCUGGCCUUCGCCUCCACCUGCUUCCUGAGCAGGUUCAGCACGGCCAUCUUCCACCUCAUGCAGAUCGCCGUGCCCUUCGCCUUCCUGCUGCUGCGGCUCCUCGUGCGCCUGGCCCUGGCCCUCCUGCGGGCACUGCGAGGUCUGGCCCGGCCCGCGCAGGGCGUCGAGGAGGCCCCGCAGGCCCCGCUGCUCCCCGCCCCCUGCUAGCACCAGCCUGCCUGGGCUGGGCUUCGUGGUGCCGUCCCGCCCGAGGCCCACACAAGCCCCGACCACUGUGUGGGCUGGCUGCGGACGGUUCUGGGCAGGUGGGGCCCAGGUCCUCUGUGCCAAGCUGC